AGACUCGAUCGUGGACGGAGACGUGAUGUCGUGGACGAUUUGUUUCUCGUAGCAUCUUUUCCUUCCACGCCACUGACAAUAGAACUAGUGUUUCCCGAGGAACUCGUCAGUUCUCCGGAGCCAGGACUCAUUCGACUUACCAUCUUGAGGCUGCAAGUAAAUUUCGAGGAGGCGAGGCAUGUUCGCCAAAGAAGCUUUGCCAGUCUCACACUACGACGUGACUGCUCGCCUGAAUGGACAGUAUGACAGUCUACUGGCCUCUGGACAAUACUAUCCUUUCACCUACCCUUUCGGAACUCUGGGCGCCACAGUGGUGAUCAUCUAUCUUCUCUUGGACCACCGAUCACGGCCAUGGCUACGAAAGGCUCGUUAUGCAGCAUGGUCAUUCAUCACGGUCUUCGCCUUGUGGAGCAUCAAAAGUUUCCGUGCGCGAAAUCCGGCGGCGGCCUUUGGUGUGGGUCUGAUAUCAGCUUGGUCGAUACUGUGGUGUAGUAUGAUGCUGGUAAUCAAAGACGUCCAGCUUGACUUCUCCAGAGUUGAAAGGAAAGAAUCGCGUUUGGAUUUGGUGUCUGCAUCAACGUCGUCACAGACCGCCGAGUCCAACGGCCAUGCAAGUGGUAACGCUCAUCAGGAUGGCUCGACUCUGCAUGCUCGUAGCAGCAAAGUGGGCACGACACAAGCACCCGCUCAAAGGACCGGCACACUCGCCUGGCAAGCUUAUCCUGCAGGUCCAUUUGUCGAACGCCUCGACUGGGUUGCCGAUAUCUUCUCUAACUUCAGGGGCAUGGGCUGGAACUGGCGAAUUUCUGGACUACCCUCCCCACCACUGUGGGUACAAGCUCAGAUAUCUGGCAACUCAGGCACACCGCCCCCAGAAGAAGACGAAAAGAAGACUCAGAUUAGUCGUACUGGUGUACGUCGCUAUCACGACAAUUCAUCUUUGCUCAAAGCCAACCUGUGGCUUGUCUGCCGCGAUGUAAUAAUCCUUGACGUCCUCAAAACCCUUAUCUCACAUGACGCUUACUUCUGGGACGGCAAUGUCUCGGCUUGGCCUAAUUACUUGCCAGCCUACCUUCACGCAUUUCCGGUCAUCGUCCGCAGUGCUCGCCUACUCAUCAGCUUGAGUGCUGUUUACAUAGCAUUACAGGCUAUCUUCGCUCUGGGUCCUCUGUUCUUCGUCGGAAUGAUUGGUCCCCGCUACAUAGGCGCACGCGGUGAGGCCUGGAUGUACCCUGAUAGCUUCGGCUCCUUCGACAACGUUCUCGACAAAGGUCUUGCUGGCUGGUGGGGCGGUUGGUGGCAUCAAUCCUUCCGCUACGCAUUCGAAGCACCAGCCACAAAGUUAAUGGAGCUAGCGCAAGUGAAGCCAAAGUCACCGACUGGAAAGUUCAUCUCGUUGACAAUAGCUUUUGUGCUGUCGGGAGCACUGCACGCUUGUGGCAGCUACACGCAGAUGGGUCACACGUAUCCGCUUUCUGGCCCUUUUCUGUUCUUCAUUUCGCAGAUCGGAGGUAUAAGUGCUCAGCUUGCGAUCAACUCGCUUUUGCAACAGAUUGGUGUGGUGCAACGAUGCCCACGAUGGCUGCAACGUACAGCGAACUUCAUCUACGUACAUGUAUGGUUCUACUAUACUGCACCUCUGCUUUGCGAUGAUUUUGCACGUGGCGGUAUUUGGCUGUUUGAACCCUUGCCUUUCAGCCCACUUAGGGGUCUGGGUCUAGGCGGACCUGGCGAUGGAUUCUGGUGCUGGUGGGGAGGUAUUUUAUGGUGGCACAAGGGAGACCGAUGGUGGAACACUGGGCUUGCUCUGUGA